CUUGAGGGCUUCGGAAACAAGACGCGCUAUAUCCGCUGAACUAGUGAACGUUUCUUUCAUAGCCAACGCUUUACAACUGCUUGUUGUGGUAACUAAUUAGUAAUUCACUGUGCAAGACAAUCAUUAAGGACCAGAGAUCAAAUAGAGUCACAGAAGACUGGUUUCGAGUGUAAAUCAAAAGAUACAGAACAGAACUAAAGGGCCUUCUAAAAUUACGUUGACAUAAAAUCAAACGUUUCCAUAAAAUCAUAGAAUUGAACCAAUUUCCGAUUUUUCAUUGUAUUUGUAAUUCACGUUACUAUUGUUGGUUAAUCCUUAAAUAAUAGCUGAUCGUGUUGCCAUCGACUAAAUUCCGUAUUUAAACUAUCUCGAAAAAGCGGUUGCUGAUUAAUUUCAUUCAUAUUCUUGUAUUAAACAUAUUGGCAACGUCAUCUUCAUUGUCAAUUACAUCAUAUCAUUAAUUUCAUCUGCUUAACAAUUCUAAUACUUCAUAAUGGGUCAGGCAUUUAGUUUCGCCAACAUUUUUGGCAAGUUAUGGGGAAUAAGCAAAGAGAUCCGUAUUCUCAUUUUGGGAUUGGAUGGUGCUGGUAAAACGACUGUGUUGUACAGAUUACAGUUGGGCGAAGUAGUCACAACUAAACCUACAAUUGGUUUCAAUGUUGAAACGUUGAAGUAUAAGAACUUAACUUUGAACAUAUGGGAUUUGGGUGGACAAACCUCUAUAAGACCGUACUGGAGAUGUUACUAUUCCAACACAGCAGCUGUUAUAUUCGUGGUAGACUCCACAGACAAAGAUCGUAUUGACAUUGCCACUAAGGAAUUGCACUUGAUGUUGAAGGAAGAGGAGCUUCAAAACGCUGCCUUGCUUGUAUUUGCAAACAAACAGGAUCAGCCUGGUGCAAUGACGGCUGCUGAGGUAUCACAGGCUCUCAGUUUGACUGAUCUUAAGGAUAGGAGUUGGAGUAUAGUAGCUUCCAGUGCCAUCCGAGGUGAAGGUUUGACCGAAGGUUUGGACUGGUUGAUGGACGUCAUUAAAGAUGAACAGUUGUAAGCAUGUUAGCGUUAUAGAUAUGGUAAGGGCAAACUCCGAAUACUGAUCUUGUUGCAAACUCAGUAUCUCCAUUACAAGUUGAAGUUCGUUACAUUGUCAUGGUGAUAUUCAUCUACACAUCCAUUGCACUACUUAUAAAUAAUUAGCCUGUCUAUACGAUACCAUGCAAUAGAAAAACAUGUAAUAGAAAUGAUUUAUU